UGCAGCGUGAACACGCAGCGGCGGCGGCGGCAGUGACAGCGGGGGCUGGGAGUCUGCCGGAGAAUGAAAGGACGAGGAGGUGUGUAGGAGCCGGGAGCCGUGGAGCUGGGCAAGGGGAGCGGGGCGUGCAGGAAUGAAGCCCCCGUUCCGGCCGACUCAUCCAUGCGGAGCGGCGGGGAGCAGCGGGGAGCCGGCACUCUUCCUUGGCUGCGCUGAAGAGGCAAUGCAGUGAGACAUCAGGAUGGUAGCAUCAGCAGGCCAGAUCAAUGAGGAGAGCCAGACGACGCGAUGGAGGAGACAACACCCGACCCCGCCUUCGUCGACGUGGACCAGGGACUCACUCUGGCCUGCAUCGCAUUCCUCUGCCUUCUGCUGGUGGCCAUGAUCAUUCGCUGUGCCAAAGUCAUCAUGGACCCCUACAGUGCCAUCCCCACCUCCACCUGGGAGGAGCAGCACCUGGAUGACUAGCAGGGACUAGCAGUGUGGGCAGAACAUGGGGAAAAGAGGACGGGCUGCGGUGGGUUAACGGCCGACCCAAUCCACAGGUGUCUGGGCAGGAUGCAGAAUCCAGCGAGGCAAAGCUGCCCCCUCAACACGAGUGUGACGGAAGCUGCCCUCGGGGCCUCUGUGCUGGGCAGGAAGGCUCUGGACACUUGCAACCAGGACCCAGAGCGGGCUAAAAACAGCUCAGUAGCAAAUGCAUGCCUGCAAACGGAUUCAGGCCCGCAGCUACUGUUCAUUUCUCACCGCAGCCACGGCCCUGAAGGGAGGUCAUAUUUCAUCCAGCCCGAAUUGACUCUCACACAAAAACACCUUCUCCUGCACUUGUUAGGGAAUUAGGGAUUUUUUUCUUUUUAACAGAAAUCCCAUUUAUCUUGUCAGAGCACCUAUGUUUUAUAUACCUUUCUUAAUAUAAGGACUAAUAGGAUGACUAGCUGUUUGUCCAGAAGCCCCGAGCUUUUGCCUGUUAACCAGCAGAUUUAGUUGGUCGCUGUAUGUGUACAAACACUGGUGCCCGCGUGUACUGUCAAGACCUGCUCGAUGUAUCAGUGGAACUGGAUGCUGAUGGGAGACAGUCAGCUCGGCCAUAGAGCUAGAAAGGCCGCGUUUGCUUCCGUGAGGCGCGAUCCUGGGAACGCCGGAGGAAAAUCCAAACUUCGGGAUGUAGGAUGCUGUCGGCUACACGAGCUCGUGCAAUAAAACUGAUUUCAGUACAUUUCUAUACCGAGUUAUGGCUCAAAGGUGCAUUUCAGAUCGCUUUCAGAUUGCAUACAGUAUCCUGACCUGCAUGCUGUCAAGUGCCUCUGCUAAAGCCACAAAGGCUGUAUUGAACAGAUCCCAACUGUAGCACACCGUAACAGAUGAAACGGCAGACAAUAACCUGUUUUUUUG